CUAGGUCCAGCUCGCCUCUGGCGUCCUCGCUCACCCCCGCGUUCUGGCCUCUGCUCACGCCGCCUCCAGCGCCUGUCUCCACCGCUCGGCCUCCUGCGCCUGGCCGCCAGGCUCGCCUCCGGUGCUCCUUUGCUGUGUUUCUCGCGGACGCCGUAAUGAAGGCCCUCGCCAUCCCUCUUGAACUCCCCUUUUCGCAUUUAUGUUUCUCAGCAAGUUCGAAUGCCAUGUUAAUGUCGUCUCCAUCGUCCAAUCUUCUGCCAUGGCCGCUGCAACACUGCAGCUUGCUGUGUGCGGUGCCAGGGCGGCAACAACUCACCUCUGCUGCCCAUAGAGUGUUCGACAAAAUGUCUAGCAGCCUUAACACAUGGAGGUAUUGACUCAUGUUCCAGCACAAUACGUCAGAUGCGGGAUCAGUUUCAUCAUUGUAUAUUCAAAUCGUACAUAACAAGCGUGAUUGAAAAGGGCGCAGCGAAGCGCGCUUGCAAUUUUCCCCAGGCUAAUUUGAUUCGUGACAUGGAAAUUGCUGCUACCUAUCGGUGUCGCCGUAAAUCCCCCGCGCCAUCCAUCGCCUCCCAGCUUGCAGGAAUUCAAUGUUGAUUGGCAAAAAGCAGCUGCUACUCUUCUUGUCGCCAUAGGUUCACAUGAUCCAGACUUGAUGAUGGAGGAAAUAUUUCUUCACUUCUCUGGACCAACUUCUGCUUUGCCCACCCUGUUACAGAUACUUGCAGAUUUUGCCUCAGCUGAAGCCUUGCAGUUUACCCCACGGUUAAAGGACGUGCUUUUGCGUGUUUUACCUAUCCUAGGAAGUGUACGAGAUGGCCAACGGCCUGUUUUUGCAAAUGCAUUCAAGUGUUGGUGCCAGGCUGCAUGGCAGUACCUAGGAGAUGCCCCCUCUGAGCUUCCUUUUGACUCUGAUGUUAUGUCCUUCAUGAAUUCAGUAUUUGAAUUACUGAUAAAAGUAUGGACAGGUUCACGUGAUCUAAAGGUGCGGUCAUCCUCUGUGGAGGCUUUGGGAGAAAUGGUUGACUUGGUCACUAGGUCACAGUUGAAAUCAGCAUUGCCAAGGAUUAUACCAACAAUGCUGGAUCUAUGCAGGAAAGAUCAGGAAGUUGCUUUUGUUGCGUCUCACAGUCUUCACAACCUUCUUAAUGCAUCGUUAUUGUCUGAAAGUGGCCCCCCUUUACUUGAUUUUGAGGAGCUUACUGUUAUCUUGAUUACGCUUCUUCCAUUAGUAUCUGUCAAUAAUGGCAAAGAUGAGCAUUAUGUUUCAAAGGGAUUGAAGACAUACAAUGAGCUCCAGCAUUGCUUUUUGGUGAUUGGUUUAGCAUAUCCCGAGGAUCUUUGCAUGUUCCUUUUAAAUAAAUGCAAGUCAAAAGAUGAAGCAUCUAUUGUUGGGGCACUUAGCACAAUAAAACACCUAUUGCCCAGAUUAUUGGAAUCAUGGCAUACUAAACAAGCAUCUCUGGUUGAAAUCGUGAAAUCACUUUUAGAGCACCAGAGCUUGGGCAUACGUAUGGCGCUAGCUGAGCUAAUUGUUGUUAUGGCUUCACACUGCUAUUUGAGUGGGCAACCUGCUGAGCUGGCUGUUGAGUUCUUGGUGCGGCAUAGUGCUAUAACUGAUGAUGAUCUAAAUGAUCUUGGCACUCUAAAAAAUGAGUACUUCCAGGACAAAAGAUUUGAGAUGAAAGUAAGUCUUGCUGGCUUAUCAGAACUAAGAGCUGUAUGUGAAAAGGGUCUACUUUUACUAGCAAUCACCAUUCCUGAAAUGCAGCUUGUUCUGUGGCCAUUCAUCUUGAAAUUAAUAAUUCCGAAGAAGUAUACUGGUGCGGUAGCUACGGUCUGCAAAUGCAUAACUGAGUUGUGUAGGCACAAAUUGUCGCACAUGAACCCACUAUAUACUGAAUUUAAUGCAUCAAACGAUACCCCCAAUCCUGAGGAUUUAUUUGCUCGUUUGGUUGUGCUUAUGCAUAAUCCACUUGCUAGGGGCCAACUGGCCACCCAGAUCCUGACGGUUCUGUGCUACCUGGGUCCACUUUUCCCCAGAAACCUUUCUUUAUUUUGGCAAGAUGAGGUCCCUAAGAUGAAAGCUUACAUCAGUGAUCCUGAAGACCUUAAGCAAGAUAGCACAUACCAGGAAAUAUGGGAUGACAUGAUAAUAAAUUUUUUAGCAGAAUCUUUGGAUGUUGUGAAUGAUACUGAGUGGGUCAUUUCCUUGGGUGAUGCAUUUGCAAGGCAGUAUGAUCUGUAUGCUAUAUCUGACGAACAUUCUGCUUUACUGCACAGGUUCCUCUCAUUUUUCUCAUUUGGUGCAAUUGCAAAAGUGGAAGAUGUGGAUGAUACAUACGCAGCACUUGGCAUUGAUGUAUGGUUAUGCUGCAAGAUAUGCUCCAUUCAACUGUUGAUCGAAGCCAGAAUUAAUGCACUUGUGGGCACUAAUAUGCUUGGAAGGCUGCUUCAUGUUCAGCAUCCUACUGCAAAGCAAGCUGUCAUUACUGCAAUCGACCUUUUAGGCCGAGCUGUUAUUAGUGCUGCUGAAAUGGGAAUAUCAUUCCCACUGAAACGAAGAGAUCAGUUGCUGGAGUACGUUUUAACUCUAAUGGGUAGGGAUCAAAAUAAUGAUCUCACUGAUUUCAACACUGAGCUUUUGCACACGCAGAGUCUUGCUUUAAGUGCCUGUACUACUCUUGUUUCAUUAGAACCAAGAUUACCAAUGGAAACAAGAAACCGUGUCAUGAAGGCAACAUUAGGUUUUUUUGCAUUGCCAACUGAGCCGUCAAGCAUUGUCGAGAGUCUCGUAACAAACCUCAUUAUUCUGUUAGGCGCCAUCUUGCUUACAAGUGGUGAAGAUGGUCGAAGUCGAGCAGAGCAGUUGUUGCAUAUUCUUAGGCAGCUCGAUCCAUAUGUAUCAUCAUCUUUGGAGCACCAAAGGAGAAGAGGAUGUGUUGCUGUACAGGAGGUGCUGAUAAAGUUCCGCAAUCUUUGUUCUGGUGGAUUUGGUGCAUUGGGCUCCUAUCCAACCUUCACAAUGAACAAACAAAUCAACCAAGGAGGAACUAGGAGCUUGUCAAGUUUGCCAUCUGCAUUCGUGUUGCCUAGUCGAGAUUCUUUAAGCAUGGGAGAGAGGACAAUGGCGUACCUUCCUCGUUGUGCUGAUACAGACGCUGAAGUUAGGAAAGUCGCAAUUCAGAUCAUUGCACUUUUCUUCAACAUUUCAUUGUCACUUCCAAAGCAGAAGGCAUAUGUGAAUGAUAUUGAUCUGGAAUCCUCGUAUAGUGCUUUGUCCUCCCUCGAAGAGUUAGUCUCUAUCGUCAAAAGGGAAGCAUCGGUUGACCAGACUGAAGUAUUUCAGAGAGUUGUCUCCUCAGUGUGUAUUCUAUUAUCGAAAGGUGAGCUGGUUGUUUUGCUACACUCUUGCACAUCAGCAACAUGUGAUAAGGUAAAGCAAUCAGCAGAUGCUUCCAUUCAAGCUAUUAUCAUGUUCAUAAUCAGGAGAGGCAAGGAGCUACGUGAAGCUGAUGUAUCGAGCCUAUUCAGCGCCACUGAGUCAGGUCUGACCAGGGGUCGCGCAGCAAAGCGCGCCCACCUGACGAAUUUGGCCUUCACUAGCGAUCUCCUAUCAUUUCAUUGUUGGAAGGUGGAGUCAUUGCGAGAAGUUGUGCGCGCUACCAAAAGAUAAAAGGAAUUCUCGCACGUCAAGCUAGCCGAGUUUCCUGUUGUGGCUCCUACAUCAAAUCUUGAGCAUCACUU